UCAUAUCAUCCCUAUUUAGCACUACACUGUUUUUUUUUGAUAAUGAAUUUCAUUAAAAAAUAAAGGAAGUGUGUCGCCCUGCUCCCUGCUUGUGAUAGAAUAAAUAAAAAAAAUCAGUGUCUGCUACCGGCCCCAAUACAGCUAAAACUGCAACAAAACUAUACCACACUACACGACUAUGCCAUUUAAAAAAAUAAUAAAGGGAAAUUUUCAGCUCAAUAGUAUGUCACAUGAGGAGCUGCAAGAAUGGACCACCAAAAUCCUGUGCGAAGCUCAGUGCGAAAAUGCAGUGAACCAAAAUCUGGAGUUGACACGAUUGUACUCCACUAAUGUGCUCUCUAGGGUGUCCCAUUUUGAGCGAAAUGCCAUCGAUGCAGCCAUAGCCUACCACGGUCUUUUCAUGAAUAAUGCCCAUCAAGAAACUUCCACAAUCGAUGAGGAACAGCAACCGCCUCCAGUGCGUCGACAGCGCCUGUGGCUACCGCAGUCUAAAUUAAGCAACGAUUUAUUAAUCGAGCCAGGGCAGAGCAAAAAAAAAAAGCAAUCGCACAAAAACAGGAAUCAGGAUUUAUACAUUAACGAGGCUGUUAUAUUGGAGACCAUUAACACUCUCGGUCUACGCCGCACAACUUAACUAAAGCUUCGGGGUUGUACAAACACAUCCAUGUGUGGUUGCAUACAAAUAUUUAAUAUUUUUUAGAAGGAAAUAAAUUCAAUAUCUUUAGGUGAAUUUAAAACAAUAAAA